AUGAAAAAGGUGCUGCCUUUAGCCAAGAAGGCACUGGUGAGACUUCUGGGACAAGGAGAAAUGGAUGUCAAGAUUUCCAUGACAUCGCGCCUUACUGAGAUAAUGAGAAUAACAGCCCUUAAUGAGCCUUUAAAAGAUGAUAACAUGAAGAAAUAUUCUCAGUCGGCUGUGAUGGCAUUUGGAAAGUUGUCAUGCAUGGCUGGUGAUGGCUAUUUAAAGGCUCUCUCAAUGCUUAAUGUGUUUGCAGACGUGAAUUUAUGUGUGGUGAUGUGGGAUCUGGAGCUAGAUGCACUACUUGCGGAGUUGUUCCAGAAGUACUGA